AUGCCAAACAUCAAACUCUUCAGCGGCAGCUCCCACCAGGACUUAUUCCAGAAGAUUACUGGGCGCCUGGGCCUCAAGCUCAGGGAGGUGGUCACUAAGAAGUUCAGCAACCAGGAGACCUGCGUGGAAAUUGGUGAGAGUGUGCAAGGAGAAGAUGUCUACAUUGUUCAGAGCGGUUGUAGUGAGAUCAACGACAGUCUAAAGGAACUUUUGAUCAUGAUCAAUGCCUGCAAGAUCGCUUCAGCCAGCCGGGUGACUGCAGUCAUCCCGAGCUUCCCUUAUGCCCGGCAGGAUAAAAAGCAUAAGAGCCGGGCUCCCAUCUCUGCAAAGCUCGUAGCAAAUAUGCUGUCUACAGCAGGUGCAGAUCACAUUAUCACCAUGGCUUCUCAGAUCCAGGGGUUUUUUGACAUUCCGGUAGAUAAUUUGUAUGCAGAGCCAGCUGUGCUGAAGUGGAUAAAGGAGAAUAUUUCUGACUGGAGGAACUUCAUGAUUGUCUCUCCUGAUGCUGGCGGUGCCAAGAGGGUCACUUCUAUCGUGGACCAUUUGAAUGUGGAUUUUGCCUUGAUUCACAAAGAACGGAAGAAAGCCAAUGAAGUGGACAGCAUGGUGCUUGUGGGUGAUGUGAAGGAUCGGGUGGCUAUCCUUGUAGAUGACAUGGCUGAUACUUGUGGUACAAUCUGUUACACAGCCGACACACUUCUCUCAGAGGGAGCUACCAGAGUUUAUGCCAUCUUGACUCAUGGAAUCUUUUCUGGCCCAGCUAUUGCUCGCAUCAAAGGCGCAUGCUUUGAAGCAGUAGUGGUUACUAACACCAUACCUCAGGAAGACAAGAUGAAACAGUGUAGCAAAAUCCAGGUAAUUGACAUCUCCAUGAUUCUUGCUGAAGCCAUCCCGAGAACCCUUAAUGGAGAAUCUGUUUCCUACCUGUUCAGUCACGUUCCCUUGUAA